AUGUCUCGCAUGCCAGCUUCCCACGGCCACAAUGAGGCUUGCUGCAACAUCCCCCCGGUAGUGUCCAAGGGCUACCAGGCCAAGGGCACAUACGAGAAGAUUGGUGAUUUCAAGACAUAUGUCACCGGCCCGGCUGAUGCGACCAAGGCCAUUGUCAUCGUCUAUGAUAUCUUCGGAUACUUUGACCAGACCAUCCAGGGCGCGGACAUUCUUGCCUACGGCGACAGCAACCAGAAGUACAAGGUCUUCAUGCCAGACCUGUUCCACGGCGUGCCCUGCCCCAUUGAGAUCUACCCUCCCGAUAAUGAGGACAAGCAGAAGCAGCUGGGCGCAUUCUUCGGAAAGUACCCCCCUCCCAAGGUAGCUGCCCAGAUUCCCGACUACGUCCAGGCCAUCAAGGACAAGGACUCGUCUCUGACCAAGUUCGGCAUCCUCGGUUUCUGCUGGGGUGGCAAGGUCGUCGCUCUCGCCGUCAAGGCCGCCAACAACCCCUUCGCCAUUGCUUCAUCCGCCCACCCUGCCAUGGUCGACCCCGCCGAUGCCGAGGGCAUCGACAUCCCCUUUGCCCUCCUCGCAUCCCAGGAGGAGGAGGCCGAUGUUGUUAAGAAGUUCGAGGACGCCCUCAAGGUCCCCAAGCACGUGGAGACCUUUGGUGACCAGAUUCACGGGUGGAUGGCUGCUCGUGCCGACCUGAGCGAUGCUCGCGUCAAGGAGGAGUACGAACGCGGCUACAAGGUCCUUCUCAACUUUUACGCCAAGCACUUUUAA